UGGUUCUAAAUCUGUCGACUAGCAGAUUCUUAAAUGUUCUUUUUCAUUCAAAUCAUAAUUUUGGCAAUUUCUCCAACUUAUUUGGCCAAAAUUCUUGUAUUUCAACGACGUUUAAUGUUCGAAAAACUCAAGUUUCUUUCGUGAAAUGAAAGAAGGACACGAGUAUUGAUCCUCGGGUUCUGAUAUCGGCUCCAGUCGUCUACUGGUUUGUGUUGUUUUGUCGGCGUUGGCUGAUCCUCACGACACAUUUAGGUCAAGUUCUCUGCGAUGAGAUUCAGAGGAAACCCUCAAGAGUUGAUGAUUUACAUCCCGGCGCUCUUUUAACGACGCUGUAACUAAGUUCCUGCAGAGUUUUAUCUCAACAAAAAUGUUGAACGUGUGAGGGAGGAAGUGGACGUGCACAGAAAAUGGAGCCAGAGAAGAAGAAGAAGAGAGAGAAGAGGUGCCAGUUGAGUCCUAAGCAGAAGAAGAAUGCCGGCGGCGCCCAGAAGAAGCAGAGGAGCCCGGCCAAGCAGAGCCCCCUGACCCGGAAACAACAACAACAACAACAACAACAACAACAGCCGCCGCCGCCGCCGCCGCCAUCGUCAUCACCUCCGCCACCUGCAGUCCAGGAAGAGGAGGAGGCGAAGGAGAAGGAGGAGCCGGUGACCAGGCCUCGGCCGCCGCAGGAGGAGGAGGAGGAGGCGGAAGUGGGCGAGGAGGAGCGAGAGGAAGUGGCGGCCAAGUCUGUGAGGAAGAGGAAGAAAGGAAAGGAGGAAAAGGAGGAGACAGACAUGCCGUCCGUACAGAUCAAACCGGAGCCGGAGGAGAUGGAGUGCACGGCGGAUGCAUUCGUCGACUGCCCGCAGCCGACAGACCUGAAGGUGAAGACCGAGUCGCCGGUUUGCAAGACGGAGCCGUCCUCGCCCGAGCCGUGCCCCGCUGAGGACCAGACCGAGCCCGUCGACCUGUCCCUCAACAAACCCCGCUCCUCCUCGCUGCCCGCCUCCACGACGAGCACCACGGUCAACCCCGCGCCCUGCAGCAUCAUGACUCACCACAGCAUGACCGCCACGUCGAUCCCCUCUGCGGUACAGUCGAUAGGCUCCAUGGUCCUGUCUCCGGGCUCCAUCCUGGCCACGCAGGGCGCCGGGGGCCAGCAGAUCCUGCACGUCAUCCACACCAUCCCCUCGGUGAGCAUGCCCAGCAAGGUGGGCCAGCUGCAGACCAUCCCCGUGGUGGUGCAGUCGCUGCCUGUCGUCUACACCACCAUGCCCACUGACGGCGUCGCCACGGCAGCCAUUACUGUCCCGCUCAUAGGCAGCGACGGGCGCUCAGAAGGAUCUGGUUUCUCUCAGACGAGUUCGGUGACAGGGCUGAUGUGUGUUCAUGUUCGCAUUAAGCCAGGUUCCACGUCUCCGGUGGAGUAUCAGAGUGACAGCGAUGCAGAGAGCGGUACAGAGUCCGGGUCGGCCUCCCUCAGUGCCCAGAGCCUCGACGCUGGGUCGGUGAUGGACUUAGAACCCGUCGAUCCAGACUCGCCGGACAUCAAGAGAAGGCGAAUCCACAUGUGUGACUAUGAAGGCUGUAAAAAAGUUUACACCAAGAGCUCCCACCUCAAAGCUCACAGGAGGAUACACACAGGAGAGAAACCCUACCACUGCACCUGGGAGGGCUGCACCUGGCGCUUCGCCCGCUCCGACGAGCUGACCCGGCACUUCCGCAAGCACACAGGAAUCAAACCGUUCCGCUGCACCGAGUGCGACCGCUCCUUCUCGCGGUCCGACCACCUCUCCCUGCACCGCCGCCGCCACGUCAUGAUGUGAACUCUGACCUCCCCCGUCCCCCCCCAAACACUUCCCUCUCUCCACCACCCCCACCUCACAGCACAUCUUGUACCAGUGU